AUGGAGUACAUACCUUCUACUGCCCCAAACAAAACAUUGAGGAGAUGCCGAGGCUGUCGGGGCGGUGGCCUGAGGCCGCCAAGUGACGUCGACGCGACCCGCCGUCUCUGUUGUCUUCAUCCCGCUCUCUGCCAACUCUCCUGUUUCUCCAGACUGGGAAUCUCCACCUCGACUGGCCUCGCCAUGGAUACGAAACCAGGAGAAUCGGAUGGCGAAAUCAAUGAAGAAACUACCUUCUUAUCCAAGGCACUUGGCACGUCGGCGGCAUUUAUUCGGCCCUUGAUUUCGAAGCGGGCGCAAAAGGCAUACCUGGGGACGCUGCUCCUCUUUCUUUCCGCUAUUUGCAUGAUCCUCGUUUCAAUAUUUGCCUACGGCAUAUUCUACUAUAAAAUCAUUCCGCAGGUUGGCUUGGAACGCGUGGUACAUCUACAAUUUGGCGAUGGACAUCCUUGGGGUACAACUUCUCUCGGUUCCGGGCUCAUUUCCCUUCAACCGUACGACGUCAGCGUUGAGCUUGAAUUGCCGCGUACUCCUUCCAAUCUUAAUACCGGAAACUUUAUGCUCGACUUGACUCUAAUCCCAAACCCUUCAUCGCCCAUUCUGGACAGUGCGAAUGCGUCCACCGACUCUUCUUUUCGAUCCCGCCGUCCUGCCAUCCUGACGUAUUCAUCACCUUUGAUAGACACUGCCAGCAAGCUGUCGUUUAUGCCCUUCUAUGUGCUGGGCUGGCAACGGGAAUCAGAAAGGCUGCAGGUACCUAUGAUGGAACGGGUGCAGUUCGCUCGGGGACGGCGUAACAUUCCAGACAGUGUUCGUUUGGAAAUCCAUAGUCAACAGCAAAUGCAGGUGUACAAGGCAAAAGUGGCACUUAGGGCUAGGUUCACUGGAAUGCGGUGGCUGAUGUACAAUUGGAGGAUCACAUCGUUCUUCGUUUUUACCUUCAUGUUUUGGAGCAUCUCCAUGAUCUCUGCAACCAUCGCGUGGCUUACACUGGCUGCCGUUUUCAACACUGGUGAAGACAAGACGGUGACACUCAAGAAGGAGGAUCGCGAUGACAUGCGGAUCAAGCAGGAGCCUCUUGAGGAGUCGACAUCGCCGUUCGAGAGUUCUCUGGACACUUCCAACGAACAACCCGAGCGAAGUGUCAAGAAAGAGAAGGAGUAUCAGGCCGAUGAUGAAAGCGACGAAUCACCAGAGGACCGAGCGUCCGGGGCCGGGACCGGAUUAGAGAGUUCUAGGGCGCAGGGGGUUCAACGACGAAGACGCCAUUUGUACGGGGAUGACGAUUCCCACUAG